AUGGCAGUGAAGAGGGCAAGAGACAGACCAGACAUAGAUGAACUGAUCAGCAGAAGAAACAACACCUCACUGCAAGGCACAGUGACUACCGCCGCGGCCACAAAAGAAGUAGAAGGAGAAGGAGGUGUGACAAUGAAAGCAGUGCUCUCACAGCUCAUUGACACCACUGCCUCUGCCUUCAACCUGGCUUUCUUGACAGUCACAGAGGCCGCUGCUGCACCACAAAGACAUUUGUUACCCACUAGAAAAUGUCAGAAUAAGCCCUCUACUGUUCUUCAAGGAUGA